AUGGAUGGGGUGGACGUGUGGGCCAGCACCCUGGCCCAACUGAUGGCCAAGAGGAAACCCCAGGACACCUGGGAGCUGGUCCCUGAGGAGAACCUGGCCUCCGGGCACAUGGAGGGUGGCGGUUUUCAGUACCGGCUGAGGGGGCUUUCCAGGCUCCAGUGUGGCCGCUGCCAGUGGGGCUGGUCCUCGGCCCACGUGCACAUCCUCUUCCACACGUGCUUGGAUGAGGACAGCCGCCUGGGGCUGGUGAAGAUGCGCAUCUGGGGCCAGCGGUGCAGGCUGUGCCCACCGGGCGUCCAGGGGCACUGCCAGGUGAGCCUUCUGAAUGUCCGGCUCUUCCUCAACAAGCUGGUCCUGUUCAUCCUGCAGAAGUGCUAUGGUGAGAGCCUCAGCUCAGACCAGUGCCCCGAGAUCUGCUUUGGUGAGCGCUGCGAGGCCUGCGACCUGGGCGUCUGCUUCUUCCAGAAGCCCCCAGACCCAGCCUGGGGGCCCGAGGUCAAGAGCCCCAGCACCAUCAAGGGCAGGUACACCUUGUACGGAGGCGGCGGCUCGGCCACCACCGCCACCGGCAAGCAGCUGCUCACCCUUGGCAGCGGGCCCGUGGUCGACCACGCCAGGGGCUACACCCCCAACUCCAUCACCAUCCCCCUCUCCGUGGCCGACUUCAUCAGGAACCCGAUUUCCGAGAGCAGCAACUUCUUCAGCCAAGAUGACGACAUCGUCACCAUCCCCUUCUCCCUUGUGGAUGUGGGGAGAGACAAGGGGCCGGCCGCCGGUACCAAGGGCCGUGUCAGCCCGGGGCCGGGCUUCCUCCCAGCGGCUGACCCCGGCGGGCCCCUCAUCGUCGGCAAGGGCUCCAUCUACCUGCCGGCCAGUUCCACAGCCACGCCCAAGGGCAGAGGCCUCCUGGUGAACGUCAAAUGCCCCAUCUUCCAUGGCCGAGGCCUCCUCAUCAGCAGCAUCAAGCCCUUCGAGCUGAAAGGCUUCAUCUUCAAAGGCCGGGGCUCCGUCCCCAGCUCCGCCGGAAAUGGCCCACUGCCGGUGUCCUACAUCAUUGGCCUCACGGAUGACGGAGAGGGCUCCAUCACCUUCCCCUCGUCUUUGGCGAACAUCAUCAGAGACGACUCCUUCCCCAACAUCAACGGCUCCGUCACCUUCCCCUUCAUCUUCACUGAUGAAGACAAAGGCAAGAAUGCUCCUGCCAACACCACCCAAGGCGAAGAGAAGGAGGAUGGCGGUGAUGGCCCUGCCCCUGCUGGCCGUGAGCCCCUUCCGGGGACCCGCACCCGUAGACCCGUCACCAUUAGUGAGGGCUCCAUCACCAUCCCCUUCUCCGUCUUCGACAUCAUAAAGUACAAGGGCCCCGGCUCCAUCGUCAGUGGCUGCCGGAGCGGUGGCCUGGCCAUGCACGGCUAUGACAAGAAGAGGAGACAGCCGAGGGCCGGGCUUGGCAGGUCCGGCUCCCAGCCCGGCUGGGAGGAGGACUCCUGCUGGGAUGAUGACUGCUGCGCGCCGCGUUUCGACCCCUACGAGGAAGUGUGGAUCUGGGUUUCCAUGACCGUCUGCAUUCUCUGGAUCACUUACCUGUACAAGGUCAGCCCCUGA